CAAAAAUGUAGGGCUGCAGGUCUGGUGGCACAGGCGUUCGCACGACAUGCGUCCCAAGUGCACGAUUUUUUCUGGGUGUAGGUGUUUGCACACAUUAUAGCGCACAACAUGAGCACAACAGAGACACGGAACAUGCGCAGGUCGCGCAUGUGUAUGUGCGUACGUAUUUCUGCCCCAGUUAAUUAAUUAGCCAAAAUUUGAUGUUUCAGCAUAAAUAGAUCUCCAAUUUUGAUUUCCUUCCUUCUUUGAACCCUGGAACUGACCUUAAUUUCUAGAGCUUCUUUUUUGGUAUAAUCAUCUUCAAUGAUUCUAGGUGUAUCAAUAAAAUAGUGUAAUGAUUACUUGAAGCACCCCAUGGAACACAUCUAUAUACAAUAAACACAAUUCAAUUCUGCAAUAGUCUCAAGUGAACCAUAAAAAACAAAUAAUUUCAUCACUCUGAUCUUGAUCUCCUCAAUGGGGUCCUUUUAUAAUCCAUCGACGAAAAGUGGUGUUGUAGAGAGCAGUAAUCAAGAAUUGGCUGCUGGAGCUGAUGAAAUGAGUGUGAGUGUGGAGGACUACGAAGAGGUUGAGCUGGUGAUAUGUGCCGCCAGCGAGAAUCUUGGGGAGCUGAAGAAGCCAUUGAUGCUGGUGGACAUAGUCAGAUUCUUGCUGCCUGGUGUGCUUUCGUCGUCGAUUGUGAGGAAUUAGCCGAUGAAGGUAAGAUGGUGGAGGCAGAGGUGCCGAUGGUGGUGGAGUGGCCAAGAGCUUGGGAGUUUGAGCGAGAUUGGGAAUAUUUCCAGUGGAUUUGGAGUAUCAUAAUCACUGGUAAAAAGCAUCACAGACCCAUUCUAGAACGCACGAAAAGACUAAGUCCACAGCUAUACCGACUCCGACCCCGACCAGCCAGGGUUGGGAACAAGCGCUAGUCAACAGAACAAGCUAAGGACCGAGAAGUUGCCCGACCCCGACCUCGACCACCGAGGUCGGGAAAAUACCAGGAUCAGGAAUCGAUCAGACUCGGCCAUUUAUGAGCCCGACCUCGAGACACCCGAGCUCGGUACCAGGUCUGACCCCGGGAGUCAGACACAUGGUCAACAAACGCCAAGCAGACAACUACCCGAAGUAGGGAAUAGUGGACAAAGGGGCGAGUCCUCCCAUCACGAGCCCGAGCUCCCACAUAUCAACCUCAGUAAUCCCCGAGGUCUGAGUGAAGCAUCAUGGACUUGGACAAAAUCCGCAAGGACUUGCCUCACGAGGAGAUGUCGCCACGUCGCCAUCAACAUCAGGGAAUAUUCUCGGGUACCCACGUGUAGCCACACGGGAUCUCCGGCAGCAAUUCUGUUAGAAGCAAUCUUCAAUCAGCCAACUAUUAAAGAUUCUCUCUCCAAUCAGCUUUACACGUGGCUGCUCCCCAUCGAAUUAGGCUGUUAGUUUGUUAGAGUGGCUUUACACGUGUCCCUCUCCUAUUAGCCUAGUAUCUUUUUGCUUGGGCACCAAGUAUUACCUUUUUAUCUCUUAGUAUAAAUAUCACCUUCCUACUUGUGGAAAGGGAUG